AAACGCCUAGGCUGCAAUCCUUUGAAGAUAAAUUCCAAAUUAUCAUUUAAUUUCUGUGUGCAAUUAAGCACGGUUGAUAUUGAUAAUCAAAUUUCAUUAGUUUUAAGUAUUUACCAUUACCUUUGGGAAUUUGUUGGAAACAGCAUGAAAAAGCUGGGAACCAUUCGCGUUUUACUGUUUCCUUGUUAAUAGUUGAUGGGGAAAACGAAUUGACCCAGUUGGAACAAGAACACCAAAUGUGGCUGAACUCAGUAGCUACGAAGAACAGUGAUAUGUUGCCUAUUGGAAAGACGUCGUCAGAGCCUGUAGACGAAGAUGAAGAUGAAGAAGAUGAGGAGGAACAUGAAGAUGAUGACAGCGAAAGUCGUGAAGCAGAAGACAGUGAUAUAGACUCCUUUACUGUCAAUGGGCCAAACUUUAAUCGUGACCUUGGUGAAGGUCCACCUAGACUUGCCAACCUUACUAUGGAUCUCAGUGAAUAAAAAGUCAAGCAAUGUGCAUUAGAGUUGCAUGUUUCAUUAAA